CUAGCGGCGUCAUCUGACGUGCGCUUCGAGGAACCGCUGGUAUAAAUCAAAGCACUUCAUUCUACUUACAACCAUACCGAAAUUGACGUCUCUCUUCACAGUCCCCGUUUGGUCGCUGAGUAACGCUAGGGGAAGUCGGAGGGAGUGGGAGUGAAAAUAUGAGUUUCAGCAUAAGCUACUGUGGAAGUCAUGGUCUUCCAUCUUUUAGAAUAUCUAGCUGCAAUAUUGACCGACAUAGCCGUCACGGAAAAUCUGUUCUUCCCAGUAACACGCAGAAGAAACUUUCCAAGCCUGAGAAUCUUUUCCCAUCAAGUUUUAAGUUUGAUAGCACCAGCUUAAUGGCCGUGAUAGGAUCUGUGACAGUGGCCAAUUUAAUUGCACCGGUUGCUGCAAAGGCUGAAGUGGUUGAUUCUGUUUAUGCUUUGGCUGAUGGAAGCUUGGGUGAUUGGUUUGGAGGCUUGCUAUAUUCAGCUGGACAGCAGGCUAAUGAAGCUGUUCUAGACCAACUAGCUUCUCUCAACUUCACCAGUUUAGCAGUAAUUUAUGGGGCAGGGCUUGUUACCAGCCUUUCACCCUGUACACUAAGUGUCUUACCACUAACUCUUGGUUACAUUGGGGCGUUUGGGUCUGGCAAAAGCAGGGCAGAGGUUAUUGGUGAUUCUGUGGCAUUUUCUUUAGGUCUUGCUACCACAUUAGCACUGUUGGGUGUAGCAGCAUCAUUUGCGGGAAAGGCUUAUGGACAGAUAGGCCAAGGACUACCUUUGGCCGCUUCUGGUUUGGCAAUAAUUAUGGGUCUGAACCUUCUUGAGAUCAUUGAAUUAGGACUUCCCUCAUUUUUUGACAAUUUUGAUCCACGUGCAGCAGCUGCCAAUUUACCAUCAAGUGUGCAAGCAUAUCUAGCUGGGCUUACUUUUGCUCUAGCUGCCUCACCCUGUAGCACACCUGUGCUGGCUACUAUUCUGGGAUAUGUUGCUGCGUCAAAGGAUCCAGUUAUUGGAGGUAGCUUACUUUUGACAUACACAACUGGUUAUGUUUCUCCUUUACUCUUAGCUGCUUCUUUCGCUGGAGCAUUACAGAGCCUGCUUUCAUUCCGCAAGUUCUCAGCGUGGAUCAAUCCUAUGAGUGGAGCACUACUGUUGGGAGGUGGUCUGUACACUUUCUUGGAUAGGCUAUUCCCAACAACAAUGGUGAUGUAGAAUGAAGAGCUCUCAGGCCACAAAUUCUCAAUGGGUUUGGAUUCUCUGGAAUUUAAAUACUUGAUAGGAGAGUUUUGCUGCCCUCAGAGGAUCCUAGGAUACUUGGAAUUUAAGUCAUGUAGUUGAAAUAGGGUAGACCCAGGAUACUAGGCUGUCCGAUGCAAGAAAAAAAAAAAAAAGUUUGUCUUUGGAGCAAGAGGGAUAAAUGGAAAAGAAAGAAUUAGUUUAAAAAGAAAAGGUUUGAAAAAGUAUCGUAGUCCGUACUAUCACUCUAUAUCUCUCGUUUUAAAAACACAUUAACUCAGGAUUCUAAUACUAUGUUCUUUUACAUGAACGAUUUGAUGUAUAUUCGUUCCAUAUAUUCAUUGUUAUAGAAGUACACGGGACAGAUUUAUAGCAUAUCAUAUUAUUUUUUCA